UAGAGCGGCAGGGAUCAGGAACCUCAGAAGCUGGAGACGCGGCACCCCAGCGAGGGCCACCAUGGGGGACCAGAGGCCGCAGGACCGGCCGAGUUCCCCGGGCAUGGACUCCAAGCCUUGGUACUGUGACAAACCGCCUUCCAAGUACUUCGCGAAGCGCAAGCACAGGCGCCUGAGGUUCCCGCCUGUGGACACCCAGAACUGGGUAUUCGUGAAGGAGGGCAUGGACGACUUCCGCUACGGCUGUCCGUCUCCCGAAGAUACGCUCGUUUGUCGCCGUGACGAGUUUUUACUCCCCAAAAUAUCUCUCAGAGGUCCCCAAGCUGACCCUAAACGCGGGCAGAAAAAGCUGCUCAAGAAAGCGGCCCUGUUUUCCAAGCUCUCUCCAGCCCAGCUAGCACGGAAGGCGUUCGUAGAGGAAGUGGAAGCCCAGCUGAUGGCCAAGCAUCCCUUGGCCAUGUACCCCAAUCUGGGAGAAGAUAUGCCUCCAGAUCUCCUACUACAGGUACUGAAACCGCUGGACCCCGAGAGGAAGCUGGAGGACGCAGGCGCUUGUGAGGGCCAGGAGAAGACAACCGACGAACCCACGGAGCCUAGUAAAUACCCCUGUGGAGAAUUCUCCCCUCGGCCUCCCGAGACUCGGGUGUCCUGUCUCCGCCCGGAGCCUCCAGAGACUGGAGUGUCCCAUCUCCGCCCAGAGCCUCCCAAGACUCAGGUGUCCAGUCUCCACCUGGAGCCUCCCGAGACUGGAGUGUCCCAUCUCUACCCGGAGCCUCCUGACACUGGAGUGUCUCAUCUCUGCCCAGAGCCUCCCAAGACUUGCACAUCUCAUCUCCAUCCGGAGCCUCCUGAGACUGGAGUGCCUGAUCUCUGCCCGGAGCCUCCCAAGACACGCGUAUCUCAUCUCCGCCCAGAGCCUUCUGAGACUGGAGUGUCCCAUCUCCAUCCAGAGCCUCCCAAGACUCAGGUGUCCAGUCUCCACCCAGAGCCUCCUGAGACUGGAGUGUCCCAUCUCUGCCAGGAACCUCCAGAGACUCGCGUAUCUCCUCUCCGCCAGGUGCCUCCCGAGGCUGGAGUGUCCCAUCUCUGCCCGGAGCCUCCUGAGACUCGCGUACCUCCUCUCCACCCAGAGACCCCUAAGAAUGGAGUGUCUCCUCUCUUCCCGGAGCCUCCCAAGACUCGCGUAUCUAAUCUCCGCUUGGAGCCUCCCAAGACUGGAGUGUCCCAUCUCUGCCCAGAGCCUCCCAAGACUCGCGGAUCUCAUCUCCGCCCGGAACCUCCUGAGACUGGAGUGUCCCAUCUCCGCCCAGAGCCUCCCAAGACUCGGGUGUCCAGUCUCCACCUGGAGCCUCCUGAGACUGGAGUGUCCCAUCUCUGCCCGAAGCCUCCCAAGACUCGGGUGUCCAGUCUCCCCCCGGGGCCCCCCGAGACUGGAGUGUCCCAUCUCUGCCGGGAGCCUACAGAGACUCGCGUAUCUCAUCUCCGACCAGAGCCUCCUGAGACUGGAGUGUCCCGUCUCCACCCAGAGCCUCCCAAGACUCGGGUGUCCAGUCUCCACCCGGAGCCUCCUGAGACUCGCGUAUCUCAUCUCCGCCCGGAGCCUCCUGAGACUGAAGUGUCCCAUCUCCACCCAGAGCCUCCCAAGCCUCGGUUGUCCAGUCUCCACCCAGAGCCUCCCAAGUCUCGUCGAGUGUCCAGUCUCUGCCUGGCGCCUCCCAAGACUCAUCGGGUGUCCAGUCUCUGCCCGGAGCCUACCAAGACUGGAGCGUCCCAUCUGAAAGAACUGUUUCAGGAAGGUACAUCAAGCACAAUGGAGUGUGUUUCUGACUCUCUUCAACGUAGACAUACAUCGAGAAAACUCCGUGACUUCAAGUGGGCUGGAGACCUAGGAGUUGAUGAAGAAUCCAUCAGCAGUCUGUUUGACUUUACCCCUGAGUGCAGAGCAACCUAUCAAGACCAAAAGAAUAAGAAGGCAAACGAGUGUUCCUCAGGGCUGAAGUAUAGCAUGGAGCUAGACGAAAUGGAUGAGGUCAAAUUCUUCUCACAGGAAAAAGACUUGGACGGGAAAAUCCAGACUGCACCGAAUUCUUAUAGUGGAGCAUGGUACCUCAAGCCUAAGUUGGGGAAAAAGCUAAGAAGUGAUGAAACUUUGAUUGACCCCAAGCUCGUACUUGAAAAGCCUGAUGAACCCGACAUUCUUGACGGUCUUUAUGGACCAAUCGCCUUUAAGGAUUUCAUUCUAAGCAAGGGCUAUGAAAUGCCUGGCAUCAUUCAAAGGCUGUUUGCCAGGAGGGGAUGGACUUAUGACUCUGUUAAGACUCCUAUUCAACGUGCAAUGCAAGUUUACAAGUACAAAGAAGACGUCACAGAUGCAUCGGAAGAAGAUUAGAAGGUUUUCAAUUUACUACUUAAUUGGGUAUUUCUUGCUCUCAUUUUAAAAAUCAGUCAGAAUUUAUGAUGACUGGCCCCGGGAAUGUACAACGUUGGCAACAUCUGUAAAUUCAAUACCUAAUGUUUAUAAAUAUUUCUUAAU